CAUAAAAUCUGGCCACACUGUUUCGGCAAUUGUAUGUUUUGUAAUUUUGAGGCAUACUAGCGAAGUCUGUAGACAGUGCUCAUUGGCUGAAAGCUGCUGGACAAAUAAAAAGCGGAGCGACUGGCGGCACAGCAGUCCAAGAACCAAGAACCAACAUCGACAGCAAAACUAAAACAAAUCACUGCCAGAAUGAGUUUUCCCGACAAAGCGGAACGCGCCAAGUGCUGGUCCACACGUGAUGAAUACUGGAAGUGUCUGGAUGAAAAUGCGCCCAAGCACAGCUCAACAAGCGGCGAAAAGGUGCCGAAUGCCUGCCAGAAAAUGCGCAAACUAUUUGAGCAAUCCUGUCCCGGCCAGUGGGUGAAACACUUUGAUCGUAAACGCACCUACGAACAAUUCAAGGAGAAAAUGGCAUCCGGCUACGAUCCGCUAGUGGAACGCACCAAGGCCGAAGGCCCUGCCAAAUAAGUGACUGCCGGUGAACGUUAAUUGUUGCGCUAUAUAUAUAUAUUUUUUUUUUUGUAUUGUUGUAGUGUAGUGUAAAUAAAACAUAAACAUUAGC